AUGCCGCUAACGCUGCAACUCGUUGGUGCAUGCCCAGCAAGUCCGGAUCUUGCUGCACCGGCAAUGGAUCAGGCCGCCUCCUAUUCCGCCUCCACCACGCCCCUGCUGCUCCUCCUCGGCUCCGUCACGCUUGCGGUCUCGCUGUUCGUGCUGAUUGGUCGCAGCAGACAUGGACGCGGGAAGGCGGGGCUCCCGCCCGGCCCGCCGGCGCUGCUCUUCCUCGCCAAGUUCCUCGCGCUCCGCCGGUCCAUAUUCGACCUGGGCCCGCUGCUCGUCGACCUCCACGCGCGCCACGGGCCCGUCUUCUCCGUGCGCCUCUUCCGCACGCUCGUCUUCGUCGCCGACCGCAAGCUGGCCCACCGCGCGCUCGUCCAGGGCGGCGCCACCUUCGCCGACAGGCCGCCGCCGGUCGACCCCACCCGCUUGUUCACGUCCGGGGGACGUGACAUCAGCUCCUCCUCCUACGGGCCCUACUGGCGCCUCCUCCGCCGGAACCUCGCCGGGGAGGCGCUCAGCCCGGCCCGUGUUGGUCUCUUCGCGCCGGCGAGGAGGUGGGCGUGCGACGGCCUCGUCUCCAGCCUCCUCAGCGAGCAGCAAUCGCAGCGCCAGGACGCCGUGACGCUCAGGCCGCUCCUGCGCCGCGCCAUGUUCGAGCUGCUCGUGUACAUGUGCUUCGGCGCACGGCUCGGACGGGAGGCGCUCGACGAGGUGGAGGAGCUGCAGCACCAGGCGCUACUCUCGCUCACCACGUUCCCGGUCUUCGCCUUCUUCCCGGCGGUCACUAAGAGGCUCUUCGGCAGACGCUGGGCGGCGUGCCUCGCUGUGCGCAGGAGGCAGGACGAGGUAUUCGUCCCGCUCAUCCACGCGAAGCGCGGCGACGGUGACCCGCCGUGCUACGCCGACUCCCUCCUCGCCGUCCGCGUGGCCGAUGAGGGCGGCCGCCAGCUCACUGACGCCGAGAUGGUCGCCCUCUGCUCCGAGUUCAUGAACGGUGGGACGGAUACCACGGUGACCUUGCUGGAGUGGAUCAUGGCCGAGCUCGUGCAACACCCCGACGUCCAGACCAAGGUCUACGAGGAGGUGAAAGCCGAUCCAGAGCUCAACAACCUGCAGGCAAUGCCGUACCUGAAGGCCGUCGUGCUCGAGGGCCUUCGGCUGCACCCGCCAGGCCAUUUCGUCCUCCCGCACGGCGUGCAGAGCGGCGACGCGGAGAUCGCGGCCUACGCGGUGCCCAAGGGAGCGGAGGUCAACUUCCUGGUAGCCGAGAUUGGCCGCGACGAGACUGUGUGGACGGCGGCGCGGGAGUUCCGUCCGGAGAGGUUCCUGGAGGGCGGCGAGGGGCACGGAGUGGACAUCACGGGGAGCAGGGAGAUCAAGAUGAUGCCUUUCGGCGCAGGCCGCAGGAUGUGCCCGGGGUACACGCUGGGCAUGCACCACGCCGAGUACUUCGUGGCGAGAAUGGUGAGGGAGCUGGAGUGGCGGCCGGCAGCGGAGGGGGCCAAGGUGGACAUGGCGGAGACGCUCGAUUUCACCACCGUGAUGAAGCACCCGCUCCGUGCGCUCAUCGUCUCCAGAAGCUAA